AUGAAAUUACAACUCCCAAACCUCCUCUUCGUGGCCUCCGCCGCCGCUCUGACCUCCAGCGCCGCAGCCCAAGUCAGCUUUGACUUCGGCAUCGGCCCGCCGACGUCGAACUUCUGCGGCGGCGCGACGGGGGCCUGCGAGCUGCCCGACGGCUCCCUGCUCUGUUGCUCGGGCGGCGUCUCGUGCGGGUCCAACCACGUCUGCAAAUACGACGCCGCCGAGGGCAAAGCUUUCUGCGAUUGUCGGGGCAAUUGCUCCCCCGGGCAGAAUAACACGAAUUCGUGCACUUGUUCCUAA